GUGUAAAAGCCAGGAAUCUACUGCCGCUCGGAGUUACCAUAGAAGACCGCUGGAGGACUUAUGACGAGGCGCACCCCAUGGCAGCGCAGGGAAUAUGGCGACCGGUCUCCUCGAUAGACCUCCUUAUUAGGGCGGUCGCACGCAACCUCUCUCACAAUGAUCUCUGCACCAGGAUGACAUCAGUGGGUGAAACAUUUGUCACCCAGAAAUCCCAGUGGGUGUCCUUCAAUGAUGAGAUCUCACAAGGACAAGUGGACAAAUCAAGUAGACUCUCGAGACCCCCUGCCAAAUGUGAGUGGGUCCAGGCAGGACCAGAGGGCCCAGGUGCCCCCAGCAUGAAUAGUAAAUCCGGGCCGGACCCAAGUCUCCUGAGGUGUGAUGUCUUCUGCUGGGUCCAGUUUGAUGACACCCCCCAGGCAGCAGCUCCUGCACCAUGUCCAUCAGACUCGUCGCCGCAGAAAUCCCUGGAACACAGACCUCCCCCAUUACACUCCCACAGCAGCACAGAGGUCUUUUAUGAGGACAGCAACACAAGUAUCGGAGCCCUAUGCCCAGACUGGAUGAACACGCACACCGACGAUGCCAGCAGUGAGAAUGCCUCCGGGACGGGGUCUGCAGAUAACUCCUCCAUACAGGAAGAUGAAGACCUAGACAUGGAGUCUGUAAACUGGCCUGGCACAGUCAAUGGUCACCCGGAGACAUGCACAAGAACUCAGUUUCCCAGCUGGGUAACCUUUGAAGAUGAAAUUAUUGCACUCACUCCUAAAGACUCUCCCCAGAAAUCAACAGAGAGUCCACAAUCCCCCUCUACCCCUGACCAGAACUUUAGUAGUGUCAAAACCUUAAAAAAAAGGGAGCGACCAAAGAGCUCAUUGGUCGACCUUUCCAGGACUCAAAGACUUGACUUUUCCACAUUGCACAGGCAGCUCUCAUUAAACUCCACGCCUAACAAGGCUCCCAAUCCAUUCCUUGAUGAGGCCUUAAAGGAUGUCCAGCCUUCCCCAAUUAAUCCAUUCAGCUCCUUUUUUCAGGAGCAGGAAAAGCGCUCUCAACAUUCUUCAGUAUCUAGUGGCCCAGGCUCGAGUCAAAGAAAUUCUAUCUCUAUUCUUGCUGAAGAACUUGACACAGAACAGUUUGAAGACUACCGGAAGAAGGUCUUACAAGCAGAUGUGGUCGAACAACUCAAGCAGAUUCACAUAGAUGACCCAGAUUCCCCUGGGAGCCCUUCUCUGCCAGAUGACCCCUUCAAAUUUGAUGAGCCUAUCGGUCCCUGUUUAACAUUUACCAAGCCUCAACCAAAAGAAGGAUGGUCAAUGCUGUUACGAAUUCCAGAGAAAAAGAACAUUAUGUCUUCUAGACAUUGGGGUCCCAUCUAUGUGAAGGUCACAGAAGCAGGAUUCCUACAGCUCUUCUAUGAGAAGGGUUUGGAAAAAACAUUUAGAGAAUUUAAACUGGAGGUCAACCAUGAGAUCUCAGAUCCUAAGCUCCAAAACUAUGAUGAGAGUGGAAGAAUUCACACCAUCCGUAUCGACCGGGUGAUAUACAGGGAGAGACGAAAAUACCAGCCGAUGCCGCUUGUCACUCACACAGGGGAGAGGGAGCAGGUGAUAAAGCUGGGGACAGUUGACUAUUCAGACUUCAUCAGCUUUAUCUCAACUGUCCAAGAUGUUUUGUUUCACCUCCCAGCCACUGUGGACCUCAGCACCAUGCACCAGAAUUACAUUGAAGAGGAGAUCACUGUAGAUGUCAGAGAUGAGUUCAGAGGAAUUGUGGCCAAGGAGGAAAACCAGCUUCUACAGCAUUCUGUGGUCACGAAUGUCCAUAUUCUCAGUUUUAUCUCAGGGAUGGCGGACUGCAGGAUAGGACUCAACGAUGUCCUCAUCAAAGGCAAUGAAGUUGUCUCCAGACAUGAUAUUAUGCCAACCACAACCACCAAGUGGGUGAGACUACAUGACUGCCAAUUCCAUUCAUCAGUAGAUGAAGAGGCGUUCCAGGUCACCAGAACCAUCCUGUUCACCCCACUCGAUGCCUGCAGGUUUGAAUUAAUGAGGUUCCGGACUGUAUUUUCCGAAAAGACUUUGCCCUUUACUCUCAGGACUGUGGCCUGUGUCCGUGGAGCAGAGGUCGAGCUGCAGAGCUGGGUGGUCAUGUCUACUGGCUUCUCCUCUAACAGAGACAGUCUAUCCCAGGUUCCCUGUGAAAAUGUCACUAUUCGACACCCAGUGCCACAGGAGUGGGUGAACUAUUUCCGAAGAGACAGCGUACUUGGGGAGAGGUCUUUGAAGGCCAAAGUCAACAAGGAGGCCAGUUUUGGUUCCCCCAUCUUCUCUGGUUCAGAGCCAGCCAUGAGAGUUACACUGGGAACUGCGAAAUAUGAGCAUGCCUAUAGUGCCAUCGUAUGGAGGAUCAGCAGACUUCCUGAUAAGAACUCAGGAUGGGGUCACCCCCACUGCUUCUACUGCCACCUCGAGUUGGGCUCAGACAGGGAAGUGCCCCCAAUUUUCGGCAAGUAUGUGGAGGUGGAAUUUUCUAUGCCUGCGGCAUCUGCCUCCAAGACAGCGGUGCGCUCCAUCUCAGUAGAAGAGAGGACAGAACUCAAGAAGUGGGUGAACUACUCCGCCCAUUAUUACUACAAGGUGGAAAUUGAGCAGAAGACGACUCUGAACCCCGACGUGGAGGACGAGACUGUAGAGAAUCCUGCUGAAUGUGCUGCCCAAUAAAUGCCCAGGGACCUGGAGCACAUCAAUUACUGCAGCCAUACUGAUGGCAGAAGACUGGCACAGACACCAGUACCCACAGGAGACGAUGAGGAACUGAGGUGGCAGAUUCCUGGACAUUGACACCAAAGGGACUUUGGUAACAUUAGAAGUUGUGACUGCACUAGAGAAGGAACCAGUAGAAGACAUCUGUAGAGGACCAAGGAGCAGAGCCGACGUGGAGAUCUGUGGGGGCAGAGGAUCGCACAGUCUGGGGUCGCCUUCCCCUACUGUGAUGAGACUGGACUCCACCUCGGGGAAGAGCGAAACCCCCUCCGAAUGUUCAUUAAAUGGACCAAGAGCG